AUGGACAUGGACUGUUCAUUUGUGAAGCAUUGCGAAAGCUUUCUUAACUGUAGCUUUGCUUUGAUCCAGAAGUUAUACGUGUUACGUUAUAAGCUGGCUUUUGACGUAACUCUACCCUGCCUAAUCUUGGCAUACGUGGUGGUCGCCGGCCUGUGCACCAGGACGUUAAGCGAAUCAGUGCAUAUUUGCAGCGGCAACGGCCCGUGCAGGUGUAAAAAUGGCGUUGCCAACUGUGACGACGAACAACUACAGACAGCCAACCUGACGGUCGACAAGGGAACGGUCAUAUCGCAGUUGAACAUCAGAAACAAUAUGAUUCAAAGCUUGAGGAAAGGCGCCAUUCUGCCAGGUCAGGAGAGGUAUCUGCAAGUGCUGGACUUUCGACAGAACUUCAUCAAAGACGUUGGAAAUCAGGCGUUCAUGGGAAUGACAAGUUUGCGGGACCUGCUGCUUCCGCAGAACAAGAUCAGCGUUCUCCGACAAGGCAUGUUCGAUAACCUUGACUACAGUCUGGUCAACCUGGACCUGAGUAACAAUUUACUGAGAACUUUCAGUGGUCCCGUGUUUUCCGGUCUCUCCGUACUGCAUUAUCUGAACCUGAACGACAACCCGAUCGCGUCUUUUGACAACGAGACGUUUGAAGGUCUGUACGAGCUGGUCGAGCUGACGGUGGACAACGCCCUGCUGACCACCAUAGACGAAAACGCGUUUCUGAGUCUACGCAAGGUUCAGGUUCUGUCGUUCCGUAACAACCACUUCGAAACAGUUCCGGUGUUUCGCGGACUGUCCAGUCUCCAGAAAUUGGACCUCAGCGAAAACCCGAUCCACGUGGUGCCGAGUCACGCGUUCAAGUGGGUCCCGAACAUUCAGUACCUCAAUCUGAAGUUCAUGCCUCAUUUGGAGCGAGUUCAGGACUGCGCGUUCUGCGGUCUACACGGCCUGAAGCAGCUGAUAAUGUACGGUUGUGCGAGGCUGACUUCCAUUGAUACUUUUGCUUUCGGACCUUCGCAGUACUUCAAGGAAGAUAUCCUAGUCGUCGACUUGUCCAACAACAGCCUUUCGACGUUGGACAUGCAUCUGCUUCCGUGGAAAAACGUUUCGUCGAUAAAACUGUUCGACAACCCGUGGACAUGCGAUUGCAACUUACGAUGGAUGCGCGAUCCGGAUCUGAAAUUUCAAGGAAAAUCGCUUGUGUAA